AUCGAUAUUGAGUGCACGGAUUCGAUUGGUUGCAUGGCACUGAAACGCAAGAACUGCAUUUAUGAUGGGCCAGCUGUUCAGAAAAUGUGCAUUAUACUUAGCACUUUGGCAUUGUUAUCCAAUGGCAUAUUUCAUCAACCUUGUUGUGGCUUCCAUUAACAUCUACUUGCAUGUUUGCGAAGCCAAGGAAAUGGCGGACUGGAAUUUCAGUAGAGAGUGCGUUACCCUGGACCAGUUGAUCAACAACCUAGUCUGCUCUUUAGUAGCCUUGAGCGAAUCCUCUAUUACACACAUAAAUAUUCCAGCAGUCGGCCUCAACUCCAUGGUUGUUGCUCUCAGCUUGUUAAGCUGGUUGUUUUCGUGGGCGAGGCGCUUUUGUUGCAUCAGAAGCCGGCAUCGGUUGAGCGACCUAGGGGAUUUUUCCACUUGCAUGCUACAAUUCUUUAAUCUUGUACUGGUUUGCUUCAACAUCGCCACCUGUGUGCUUCUCGUAAUCUUAGCCAUAUUUUGGUCUUGGUUGCACGAUUGGAAAGGGUGGAAUCAAAGCCCCUAUAUCAUCCGGAGUGCGUACAGGCUCGUAAAAGUGCUUAGUACAGGAUCAAUACAUUUCAUCUUCACUUUGUGCCAGCUCCCAGCACUCCGAAGCUCCGGUGGACAGAACCGAUGGUCGCGAUGUGUAAAAUACACAAAUAUUUCCAAACGUUCUGUUCAACUAGACACUGGCACAUGUCAAGUAUACCCGCUGCCUUUAUACUGUCCUGGUGUGUUUAGCCACCGCCGUCGAAUUCGGACCGUCCAUGUUAGUGUGAUGACUGACCAAAAACCGGAUUAAUUCGACCAUCCGAGGUAAAACGCUACUUUACAUACUCUAACAGUCUCACCGCUCCGAUGAAGGCUAUAUUUUGCUCGGCGUGAGGCGAGACCAUGCUGGUUCGAUAGUGUUACAUCUCAUUAGAUCCUGUUAUUUCCUUCAGAGUAACAAUUAUAAACAAUAGCUUGAACUGUCGAUCUUCAACCACUUUCAAUAUCGUUGGUCUAUUUUGAACACGAAU